GCCAAAACCUAGAGCAUCCAUCGGCCCUCUGUUCUUCCUCGCCUGCUACAAAUUCGCCCAAAAUUUCCACUAAAUUUUCCACCACCACAACUCCAACUGAAACAUAGGAAGAAAUUUUCCUGCGAGGAUCCGUGCGUAGUACAGUAGAGAGAUGAAGCCGGCAGUGGAAGGGGACGAGCGGGCGGCGGAGAUCGCUCGCAUCAAGGCCGCCGCCGCCGCCGCCGCGGCCAAGAAGGCGGCGGAGGAAGAGGUUGUCGAUGUUGAUGAGGAAGGUGAGGAGGAGGCGGUCGAUGGUGAGGACGACGGCGACGAGGACGCCGAGGACGAUGGGGAUGAGGAGGAAGAGGACGACGAGGAGGCGGAGGGGGAGAAGGGGGCUGCUGGGCAGCAGGUUGUGGACAUCUCCGACGAGGAGGACGACGGCGGCGAUGAAGAGGAGGGCGGCGACGACGACGACGACGACGACGACGACGACGACGAAGAAGAAGAGGACGACGACGAUGAAGCUGAGGGCGAGGAGGAGCCCGAGGAGGAGCUGGGAACUGACUACUUGGUGCAGCCACUUGGCCGUGCUGAAGAUGAAGAGCACUCCAGUGACUUUGAGCCGGAAGAAAAUGGUGAUGGUGCUGAGGAUGAGGAGAUUGACGAUGAUGAGGAUGCUGAAGAUGGUGAGGAUUCUGUGAAGGCUCAAUCCUCAUCAAAGAGGAAGAGAUCGGGUGGUGAAGAUGAUGACGACGACGAUGAUGAUGAUGAUGAUGGUGAUGAUGACGACGAUGGUAGGCCUCCCUCAAAGCGAUAGUUGGAUGACUCUUGUGGAUUUGUGAUCUUCUGCAGAGUGCUAAGGAGGAAAAUAAUCUGCUUGGAGAAGAUUGUUGGUAAAUGCUUGUAGCUUUAGGACAUCUGUGGUAGGUGUAGCAGCUCAAACUUGAUGAGUCUACCCAUGUUAGUUGUUAGUGCAUACCGCUGAUGCUGAUUAACAGCCUCGGUGAACUUCUGUAUGAGCAUUGGUGUGGGGCUCGUUUUAUGCUUGUGUAGCUUCCUAGUUAAGUUCUGUUGAAUGUGGAUGCUUUGUUCUGAAUAUUCUAAUGAUAUAUCUCUUGUACC